AUGACUGAGCCGCUUCGAAUUGCCAUUGUGGGCGGCAGUAUUGCCGGAUGCACACUUGCUAAUGGUCUUCUCAAAUACAAGCAUAUCACGUUUGAUGUAUUUGAAAGCAAAGACAGCUUUCGGGAGCGAGGCGCUGCAAUUGCAAUGCAUACCAACGCCUUAGCUGCCCUGAGAUGCAUGGGCAUGGAACCGGACCGCAUUCUGAAAGAUGGACAUGGUAAUAAGAGAGACAGUCUGAGGACCAUAGCUGGAGUGGGUGAUCACAAGGGAGAACAUUUCCUUGAAACCAUUGACGGGCCUUGGGGAAUUGGCAGACAACAAUUACUAGAAGAACUUGUCAAGCCUCUACCUAAACAGAGAUUGCACUGCAACAAGAAACUGGUCUCGAUCACUGAGAAUGAUACAGGUCCACUUGUAUUACACUUUGCGGAUGGAAGUAUCCAUGUAGCCGAUGCUGUAUUGGGGUGCGAUGGGUAUCGAUCCAGAGUUAGAGAAAUAAUUCUCGGUAAAGACCACGCAGCAGCUGAGCCAGUAUUUGCCGGCUUUUGGGAUGCCCGUGGACUCAUACCCACUGAACAGGCUGUAAAGCAAUUCGGGACUAACAUCAUCGACCCAAGAGACUCAGCAUUGUCUGCUGUUGUGGGGAACAAUUGUUUCACUCUUUCUGGUCAGAUUGACAGUGGUAAGAUGUACUUCAUCACCGUGUCUGGGAGUGCACCAAAAGAUUGGGAUGAGACCGCGUGGAAAACAGAGCUGAAGAGGGAACAUCUCGAACGAACAUACGCAGGCUGGGACGAACAGUUCCGGACUGGUGUCAUAGAUUGUAUCAUGACAAGUGGUCCGGGUGUCGUCUUCAAUCAGUGGGAAUCUCAACCUGCACCUACCUACUUCCGCAACAGGAUCUGCAUGCUUGGAGAUGCUGCGCAUGCGACAUCGAAUUGGCUAGGCCAGGGAGCGGCUAUGGCAAUCGAAGAUUGUAUGGUUCUCUCUAAGCUGUUCGAGUUGGUCAAGCAUAAAGAAGACUUGAUUAUAGUAUUCAAAGCAUUCGACCGCACACGUCGCGCUGCAAGGCCAGAUAUGAUCAUCGAACAAAGUCGUUUACUAGGUCAGAUCCUGACCGGUCAGAAGGGCUUGGAUCCUGCCGCCGUGCAACAGUAUGAUAUGCAAAGGAGAAGACUGGAGAUCUUGAAUUACGAUGUUACAAUCGAGAUACGGAAGGCACUCGAAUCAUUUCAUCACUUCAAGAGCAACAGUUGA